AUGGCGUCGGCCGCCACCAUCGUGCACGACCCCUCGGAGGCGACGCCGCUGUGCCCGGCGCUGGGCCUGUACCUGAAGCCGAUCACGAAGCUGGCGAUCUGCGUGGCGCUGCCGCCGCCGCUGCGCGCGCCCGGCAAGUCCGUGUCCAACUGGGAGGUGAUGGAGCGGCUGCGCGCGAUGGCGGCCGCGCGGCGGCGGCGUCACUUCCGGGUCCGCUUCCGGGCGGAGUCCGCGGGGCGCGGGCCGCUGUCGGCGCUGCGCAUCGCCAAGAGCUCGCUGGACUUCGUGCGCUUCGAGGCGGAGGUGGAGAACCGCGCGCUGGUGCGGCCGCUGCUCGCCCGCCUGGACGGCGGCGCCAUCAGGCUGGGCGGCUUCCCCGACGCGCUGCGCGUGCGCGCCGCCGAGUUCCGCCCCGACUUCCCGUCCCGCCACGACUGGGACGCCUUCUUCCGCGACGCACGCGACAUGGACGAGGCGCUGCCCGGCGCGCCCGACACCAUCCGCCUCGAGGGGCUGCCCUGCCGCUGGUUCGCGCCGCGGCCCGGGGACGCCGACCGGCCCAGCGAGGCGCUGCUGCGCCAGGCGUUCGGCGCGUUCGGGCGCAUCCGGCACGUGGACAUCCCCAUGCUCGACCCGUACCGCGGCGAGGCGGCGGGGCGCGGCUUCCACACGUUCGGGCUGGGCGGGCAGCUGCACUUCGAGGCCUUCGUGCAGUACCGCGAGUACGCGGGGUUCGCGCGCGCCAUGGCGGCGCUGCGGGGCACGAAGCUCAUGCUCAAGGGCGAGGACGGCAAGGCGGUGGCGUGCGGCAUCAAGGUCUCGUUCGACGCCACCAAGCACCUGAGCGACGCCUCGAUCCGGCGGCGGCAGCUGGAGCGGCAGAAGCUGCGGGAGCUGGAGCUGCAGCGCGAGGAGCAGAAGCGGCGCGAGCGCGAGGACGAGGAGCGGCGGCGCCUGGAGGAGCGGAAGCAGCGCGAGGCGGAGGCCCAGGAGCGCGCGCGGCGCCGGGAGCAGAAGCAGCGGCGCCGGGAGCAGCGGCAGCGCGAGCGCGAGCAGCGUCGGCGCCGCCGCCGGGCGGAGCGCGGCGGGCGUGGCGCCCCGCGCUGCCCUGCCCACCCGGAAGCGGCGGAACCGGAAGCGGAAGCGGAAGCGGCGGGUGCGGAUGCGCGGCGGCGCCUGCUGCUGGCCCAGCGCGACCUGCAGAGCGUGCGGCUGGUGGCGGCGCUGCUGGGCCGCGUGGAGGCCUCGCGCCUGCGCCAGCGGCGCCUGCAGGAGGCGGAGCUGCGCCGCGUGGAGCAGGAGAAGCGCCGGGCGCUGGGGCUGCAGCGCCGCGAGCGCGAGCUGAGGCAGAGGCUGCUGGCGCUGCUGCUCGGCCGCGGGGGCGCCCGGCCCGGCGCGCAGGGGCCCGGAAGCGGAAGCGCGGAGGCCGGAAGCGGAACCGGAAGUGGAGCCGGAAGCGGAAGCGGCGCCGACCUCCUGCGCCCCGUGCUCGACAUCCUGCACAGCGUCGCCGCCCGCGCCGCCGACCCCGACCCCGACCCCGACCCCGCCCCGGCGGAGGAAGCGGAAGGGGCGGGGCAGCAGCAGCGGCGUCGGCACCGGGGCGGGGCGGGGUGCGAGCGCAGGCGCAGCAGACACCGGCGGGACGGACGCGCUCGCUCCCGGUCGCCCCGCGCUCGCCCCGGGCAAAUAAAUAAAGGAAGCGAGGAAUGA